UAUUUUGAUAUAAUGGUUCGCUCUAGUCCAAGUUGAAGUUGAAAUUUCAAGGGCAGGCUGUAAUGGAGAGAGCUUCGGUUUGUGAAGUGCAUGUGUCGCUGUGUGACGGACUAGAGUAUGCUGUGCAGAGUCGGAUAUGUCCGCAGGUGCGCUGCCACCUUGACCCCCAUCUUGGGUGCUGUGUCCUCCAGACAGAAGCACACACUGCCUGACCUCCCAUAUGACUAUGGUGCACUUGAGCCUCACAUCUGUGCUGAGAUUAUGCAGCUUCACCACAGCAAACACCAUGCAACAUAUGUCAACAACCUCAAUGUCACUGAGGAAAAAUAUCAAGAGGCACUGGCCAAGGGUGAUGUGACAACUCAAGUCUCCCUUCAGCCUGCACUGAAAUUUAACGGUGGUGGCCAUAUUAAUCACGCCAUAUUCUGGACAAAUCUGUCACCGAAUGGUGGAGGAGAACCACAGGGUGAGCUUUCAGAAGCCAUCAAGCGUGACUUUGGCUCAUUUCAGAAGAUGAAGGAGAAGAUGUCAGCUGCCACAGUGGCUGUUCAGGGCUCAGGAUGGGGCUGGCUGGGCUUUGAUAAGGACAUUGGAAGACUGAGGAUUGCUGCAUGUGCAAACCAAGACCCUUUGCAGGGCACUACAGGUCUCGUCCCACUACUUGGGAUUGAUGUCUGGGAGCAUGCAUACUAUCUCCAGUACAAGAAUGUUAGACCUGACUAUGUUAAAGCCAUCUGGAAUGUUGUGAACUGGGAGAAUGUCAGCAAGCGUUUGCAAGCCGCCAAGAAAUAAACUG